UUUUUAAAUUUUUAUGGUGGGGUGUUUAUUUUGUUUUUUCUUGAAUACCUCAUCUUCAUCUCCCUCCCUCCCUCCCUCCUCUCUCUGCUUUCCUUUUCUCCAUGGCCACCGGAGUCUAAAGCUCCACCUACCCUUCAAUGGUGAACUUGAGUUGCCAUUAAUGAAUGUAGCUACCUUUGUCUCUCCCUAGUUUCUGAAACUUUUAAUACAGAGCAUAUUUUUGCUCAUUGAUUGCUACUUCACUUCAAACUUCAACCCACGUUUCUUUUGCUCAAGAAUCACUAUGGCUUCUGGAGUAGUAAUGUGGAUGGUAUUUAUGAGUAUUUUAAUGGUAGUUUACCCCCUCACUACUGCCGCCGGCGCCAACCGCCGGAUCCUUCACCAGCCUCUCUACCCACUUAGUACUCCUCUGACUCCCACACCGCCGCCGGACCCGACCCCUACAAGUAUCUCUCAGACUCCCGCGGCGUCUCCGCUACCGCAGCCUCACCCGCAGCUUCAACCCAAGUACCCGUUUUCGUCGCAGUCGCCUCCCACUACUACGCCCUCAUCUCAGAACCCGUUUUUCCCAUAUUACUCCUCCCCUCCGCCGCCGCCUCUGCCGGCUUCGACGGGCCUCCCUACGUUUCCGGCCAACAUUUCUUCCCUCAUUCUCCCGCAGUCUUCAUCCUCCAACUCUAGCAGACCCAUUUCCCGGAAACUCAUCGCUGUUAUAGUCGCCGUUUCUCUGGUUUUUGCUGCCCUUCUUACCUUACUGGCGGCGUUUCUCCUCCAUCACCGCGACCACGAGAAAACCGACCGCCGGCAAAGAACAGACAGCCUCCGCCUUGUGCCGCCCAAUGCCACUCCCUCCGACGCUGAUGUCAGCGCCACCAAGAAGAAGUCACCGCCUCCGCCGUUGUUGCCUCGCUACCAAGCCACCGCCUCCUCCACUAGCUCUGAGUUUCUUUACCUCGGCACACUAGUGAGCUCUCGGGAAGUGAACGAAGACCCUGCUCAAACACCGCCCACCAACGCCGCUCCAGUGAACUACCAACGUCUGGGCUCGCCGGAGCUCCGCCCUCUUCCGCCGUUGCCACGGCCGCACUUCCGACGGAAUCGUAGAAGCGCGGACGCGGACUCAGCUGACGUUGGGUCCACUGAAGAAGAUGACGAGGAAGAAUUCUUUUCUCCUAAAGGAUCCACGGGAGGUAGAAAUAGCCCCAAUCUUACCGACUCCAACUCCCGGCGAGCCGCCGAUGCACCGGUUCAAGUUCAGAGUAGCUUUCCGUUUUCAAAUUCAAAUUCUCCCACGGCUUCCUUGUCGGCCAGUCCUUCUAUAGAGUUGAAUUUAAGCCCUAGAAGCUUGAGGUCUAAAUCACCCGAUUCAUUAGUAAACUUCCCGGCCCCACCUCGGUUCAUUCCACCUCCGCCGCCAUUACACCGGGAGAUAAGGACAGUAUCUGUGGCUUCUCCUUCCUCCGGCGAUACUCACAAUUCACCGUACCGACCUUCGGAUUUCUCGGCGCAGAUUUCGGAAUCCCCUGUGAGUCAACUAGCUGAUUCUGGGAGGUAUGAUGGUUCACUCAAAGCUCCGCCUCCGCCUCCACCUCCUCCUCCGCCGAGGUUUUGGGAACCUCCGGUGAUGGAUGGGGGCCCACCUAUGCUCGUACCACCAUCCAGGCCGGUGGUGAGCCAGAAUGUGGCAGAGGUUAAGCAUAGUUCUGAGGCAGUGGAGAAGAGAAAUGAAGAAACUAUGAAGCCCAAGCUCAAGCCUUUGCAUUGGGAUAAAGUCAGAGCCAGCUCUGAUAGAGUAAUGGUUUGGGAUCACCUGAAAUCUAGCUCUUUCCAGUUAAAUGAGGAAAUGAUUGAAACAUUAUUUAUGGUAAAUUCAAACUCCGAUGGUGUAAAACGGCCAUUGAUGCCAUUGUUGAAUCAGGAAAACAGAGUGCUUGAUCCAAAGAAGUCUCAGAACAUUGCGAUUUUACUGAGGGCACUUAAUGUUACAGCAGAGGAAGUUUGUGAAGCACUUGUUGAAGGAACUGCUGACAGCUUGGGAACGGAGCUACUCGAGAGUUUAUUAAAGAUGGCUCCUACUAAAGAAGAAGAACGUCAGCUGAAGGAAUUCAAAGACGAAUCGCCAUUUAAACUAUGCCCUGCUGAAAAAUUUCUCAGGGCAGUGCUCGAUAUACCUUUUGCCUUCAGAAGGGUGGAUGCUAUGCUCUAUAUAGCCAACUUUGAUUCGGAGGUUGAGUACCUUAAGAGAUCAUUCGAAACGCUUGAGGCUGCAUGUGAAGAGUUGAGGAAAAGCAGAAUGUUUCUGAAACUUCUUGAAGCUGUUCUCAAAACUGGGAACCGGAUGAAUGUAGGAACCAAUCGUGGGGAUGCCCGUGCAUUCAAACUUGACACGCUUCUAAAGCUCGUAGAUGUCAAGGGUACUGAUGGGAAAACCACACUUCUUCAUUUCGUUGUGCAAGAAAUCAUAAGAGCAGAAGGCUCUCGUCUCUCUGGUUUCAAGGUAAAAUUAGACGGGGAAAAGAUUCAGCAACCUGUCCUCCGAGAGGAGGUUGAGUUCAGAAAGAUUGGGCUUCAAGUUGUUUCUGGACUAUGCGGGGAGCUUACCAAUGCCAAGAAAGCUGCUACCAUGGACUCGGAGGUUCUCACUAACGAAGUUGCAAAAUUAGCCGAUGGAGUUGCCAAGAUUGCUGAAGUAGUGAGGUUGAACGAAGAAGUGGCACUCAAGGAGAACAACCGGAAUUUUUCUGAGUCAAUGAAUGCCUUCCUAAAGAAGGCGAAAGUAGAAAUCAUGAGUAUUCAAUCCCAGGAAGACACAGCUCUCUCCAUGGUGAAGGAGUUGACAGAAUACUUCCAUGGUGACUUGGCUAAAGAAGAAGCUCAUCCCUUCCGCAUUUUCAUGGUUGUUAGGGACUUCCUUUCCAUCCUCGAUCAGGUAUGCAAAGAUGUCGGCAAGAUAAACGAACGAACCAUAGUCAGCUCAGGCCGCCAAUUCCCAAUCCCAGUCAAUGCAGCGCUCCCGCUGGUUUUCCCAGGAUACCUCGAGAAACACCAUGAUACAUCCUCGUCUGACGAUGAAAGCUCCUCCUCAACUGUGUAGUUAGGUGACUUUCUUGUAUAGCUGAACCCCAGAACAGGGCAAUGAAUGGGGGUUUUCCUUUUGAUGCCUGGAUUCAAUUUCGCCUUUUGGUUUUUACAUGUUCUUGGAAUCAUAGUAUGUAACAUAAGUAGAAGGUAAACAAACAUGUUACUCCUAUCAAACAGUAUUAUGGUAUUUGAUCUAUAUGGCCUGUGAGUUAACUUGUAAAUUUUCCAGAAACAGCAGUUAUAAUCCA